CGAAUGUGGCCGUUGAGGCUCUUGCUGUGUACAGUAGCAGCGACAUGUGCCAUGUGCAUCUCGUCCGAGCCGUUCGUCGUCCGGUGGAUGAUGCGGGGAAGGAACAAGCGGCAGCGAAGAAGCAAUUUGAGGUCCUCUUUGGACACCAGCAGCGCAAGGCAUCGUCCGCCUCUAGUCUCUAGCCGCUGCCGCCGCCGACAAGCUCACGCGGCGGGGGUAGAGUUCGAGUUCCGUAACCUUUCGUGCCAUCAGCCGAAGCUACACGUGUCCAGUGUCCAGUGCGCAAGUACCCGGGUUGCGGAUCAAGAAGAGCCUUGGCAGGUUAAGAAAGUUGGCAGAAUCAUCGGGCGAAAUGCAAAUGUGUCAACAUUGAGGUAGUUGGUUUCAAUUGUGUCGUUGCCCUGUCAGUGGUGCCCAACUCUGUCUGGACCCCUGGGUCUACACUAGCUCACCGAUGGCGAUAUCUUCCUCCAAGUCAAAGUGAUGGCGGGCCCUUCCUGCCUACAGCCAGCUCGCCGCGCUCCAGGUUGAGGACGGUGCCCAUAGUGCUCUGAGCUUUGCGCGUUCGCGACGAGAAUUGUUGGGGAGCAGGGGGGGUAGCUCUGGGUUCUGGGUUCUGGGUUCUGGGUUCCGAGGGACUCUGGCACAGUAGAGGAGAACGAGUGCUGACGAUGAGCCCUUAUUGAAACGGCUGAAUCGCCUGGCUCUCAGAGUCACUCUAAGG